GACAAAGACAACAUAGCUGGUUUCGUAAUUCUGACAAGCAAUUAAUUAAAGGUGUACUUGUUUUCUAUACGUUUCAAAGUAGGUAAAAAGUGGGGAAGGGAGGCAUACGACAAAAAAUUCUGGUCAUCAUUUUCACAUCGUUAGACAUCUUGAAGGAGGAGGUGGACAUAAAAUUCUGGACCGAGAUGGAUAACAUGGACACGCCCGCGUCAACCAAGGCGUUGAUGAAUCCUCUGCUGCUGAAGAUCGUCUUGUCUUAUAUGGACGUCCCCACUUUAGAAUCCGCCCGAUCCGUGUGCACCCUGUGGGCCGACUUGGGCGCCGCAUUUCUCGGGGAACAGGUCUCCGUGACCUUCACAACUCAGAAUUGCUGCCGGAAAAAUAACUCCAAGUCGUCCAAGGAACUGGGAUCCCUUCACCCGAAACUGGCCAGAAGUGUCCUAUUGAUUAUGGUUCCGUCACCUUGUGGGUGGCUUUCCCUACCAAAAAACUUGACCACUAAUUUGCCACAUAUUUCCGACCACAUUGUUGAAUUUGAUGUUACGUUGAGCUCGAGAUUUGAACCGACUUUGGAACGAAUGUGGAUGAUGCAUCACUUCCCGAACCUUGGACUUCUCACGCUUACCUUCGUUAUGAUAAAUAUUGAUACUUCUGAUAAUUCUGAAGAUCAGGAUGACAGUAAAGAGAAUUAUCCCCCCAAAAUCCCACAAUUUUUGACAUUGCCAAACCUCGAGUCUCUCAAGAUAGUGGUCAAAGACCAAAAUGAAAUCGGUCAGGACGACGGGAUAUCCUCGAUUUGUCAGGGACUCCUAAAUUCCGCCUCCAACGUUGUAAAUGUCACAAUCUAUGUCAGUUUCUACCCAGACUUCACCCCUUGUACAAAACUAGAGAUGCUUGCUUACACCUACGUCCACUUCCGUGAUAAGUGGACCCACGAAGAAGUGUAUGUCGACUUUCCCAUAUUGACCUGGAUGUUGGACACUUGUCUAGAUUACGUGACCCGGUUGACUCUGAGUUGCCGACAUGAUUGGAACGACCUUCACGAGCAGAUUUUCAUGCUCCCCUCAAUGACAAAAUUGGUCGUCCUCCAUAUCAAAGGAAUGUUUCCCUUGGGAAAUUUUCUGCAUCAAGACCAUCUUCCAAAUCUGACCCAUGUCACUUUCUCUGGGUACAACAGGUACGGUGUCUGUCUGCCAGACACUUUUGAAAAUUUCGAUCUUCCCCACGAACGGAUUACUUCGCUUGACGUGGAUGCCGUCUACAGAUAUUUCGACCAAGAUGUUGAAACUGCGGUGAAAAUCGCCCGACUUUUCCCAUCAGUGAAAAAAUUUCGAUUGAAGUUGACUAUUUUUGAUGAGGGAGAUGACGAUCCAUCGCGUAACGGAAGUGUUGCAAUCCUUCGCCACGUGGAAUUUGACGUCUGGUUUGGUGGAGAUAGAGAGUGAUCACGACACAACGGACGUUCUAGCUGUGUUGCGAGGGGUGGUGGCGUGGAAGGGUUUGGCACAGACAUCAGUUAACUUUGAAGUUUCGGAGGGUCCCACAUUUGUCCUGGACGCUGAUAUGGAGGAUAUUCUGUUAUCGUGCCAAUCGCUGAGAUGGAUCAGGCUAUUAGGAUUUAUGAUGCCCGAGGAGGAGAAAGAACUGUUUGAAGAAUUUAUUGAGGAACACGCUCUCCCGAUCAGACUCUAUUGAACUGGGUGAAUUAACCUCCAUCAAUAGUGAUUGUAAAUUUAGUACAUUUAAUUUACUAAUGAAUAUGCGAACAACAUUUGUACAUAAACAUGCAGAAAUUUGCUUAAGGUUCCCUUGCAUGCGGGUUUGGAAUUUGAUUUUUUGUGUUUCAACCCUUUAUUAUUCCUUGGAUUUAAGUGACGCUUUAGAAAACUGCUCAUUGGCGUACGUCGUACGCCAAUGAGCAGUUUUCUAAAAUCUGAGACAACCACUUCAUGCCUAGAUACGUAACUGCAAUAUAUAUAUAUGUAUGCUUAGAAAUAUUACAGACUUUAAAUGUCCACCAAUUUUGAUUUUAUAAGAAAUUCCAGAAAAUACAUU